AUUGAUACUAAUGUACGUAUACUAGCAAGAGGGAAUUGAACGGUCAUAAACCUUAUGUUUCAUAGACUUGGACCAUUAGCCGUCCUUCCGUAGAAAAUAAUCCACCCCCUCGCAUUGAUCAUACAGCCACCAUUAUUUCCAAUAAAUAUAUUCUGAUUACUGGCGGUGUCAUGUACUCUCAUGACGUGGCUAAUCCAGCAGAUAAUCUCACACUAAACCCUGUUUCCAUGAGCUCGCUCCUGUUGUUUGAUAUCCAGAAUAAUCGUUGGCAUAACGUUACUGCAGGUGGAAAUAUACCAGCUCCAAGAAGAGGUCAUUCAGCUGUGCUUAGUAAGUGUCUUUGAAAGGGAACGAUAAAAGGC